AUGGCAUUAAAUAAUACAACGUACACAGUUGUCAAAGACAUAGAGCAUAUGACAAAAGACAAACAAGAUGCAUUCCGCGAUGAAAUAACUGUAUGUAAUGAGGGACGAACCAGAUACAUCCUUCCACCGACGUUUUCUAGUCUCCAUGAACUCACUGUUGAGUUUUCAAGCGCUGUUUGUCAGUUGCCUGUUGUGUACAACCAAGCUGCUUACCGUCAAUUUUUAGAUUUUUGGGGAACUCACGUUAUUGUCGGCGUUGAUAUCGGAACAAAAUCUGUUAACAGAUAUGACCAGAUUGAAUUAUUGAAUAGCGUUUUAUCGGCAGGAAUAGGAUCAUUAACUCUUCAACAGUAUAAGGGAUAUGGCACAGUAGUAAAUAUAGAUCCUUCAAAACUUUACCAUAUUGAUUUGUUUAACAUAAACGGAGGUAAAUUAGUUGGAUCAUUACAAGAAGGAACUGAAAGCAACCCCGAACCUAUUUCGUACAAGCUUGGUACCAUUGCCUAUUUUAUUGAAGAUUCCUUUUGGAGAAAUGGAAUAACUAGUGAAAACUGUAAUGGAGAGGCACCUAAUUUGAGUCGUAUUCAGGCCAACGUGGUUAUAGCUUUAACGGAAUAUCCAAAGUUGUAUGGAAUACUCUCACCUCCACAGGGAACAGUAUUAAAACUUGCCCUCAUGUGGCCAAAAGGAAGUUAUGGAUUGUACAAGCCUAAUACCGGAUGUCCAAGAUCCCCUUUUAAUUGGUUAGAGGGAUGGAGUCGACAGGACGCUGAGGACCACCACAAUAGCAAUUCCUGGACAUCAAACAUACAUUUAGGAGCAACGCCUCAGCAUAAUAAGCCAGUAUUUUGGUUUUGCAUAAAAAAUCAUGAAGACAAAAAUACUGGUUAUUACCGCAAAUGGCCCAAAGGGAACUACUGUAUACUGAAGAAAGGAACUUGUCCAACAGGUUUCAACGACGGAUGGUUAUACUGGGAUGACGAAGACAGUCAUAAUGGAAAUGGACAUGGUGGAACUCUUCCCGAUGGUUCCUUUGGAAGUAAUACUAAAAUUUAUUACUGUUGCAGAAAUGACGGUGAUUACCAGACAGCUAUAUCUCUUCCUGUUGAUAAGCCGUUUUACCUGUUGAGAUUUACAACGCCUUGUCAGAAAGUUAAUGGUAUGACAGUCAGGGAGGAAGUUUUCAAAAUGGAUACAGAAGAUCACCAUAACCACAAUUCUGCUUCCGGUGCUCACCCUUACGGUAACUGGAACAGUCACGGUGAUCCCACACUACAUCUCUGCUAUUACCAAAAGUCAUACUUUUCCGGUGGAAUUUUUGGAUAG